GUGUAGUCUGGGCUGCACUCUGCUCAUCACUCUGCAGCCCGUGCAGCAGAGCUCAGGAACGGUGAGGACUGAAAUGGGGCACAGACGGCAGGCAGAACACUUUUCACUGGGGGGCCUCCUCCAGGUCUUCCUCCUCCUCGGGUUCCUAUUUGUUGCAGCUUGUGAACCAGAAAUUCAGUGCUCCCCAAAUUUUGGCACCAAAACCGCCACUGUAGUCCUUACAGAUGGAUUGAAUAUGGGAAGCACUGCCAGAUUCCGGUGCUCCUCAGGGUAUUAUCCCUGGCCACAAAGCAGCCGCAUGUGCGAAGCACAUGGCAGAUGGACAGAUAUAAGAAACAGCUCUGGCAAGAAGAUCAAAGAAAUAUCAUGUAAAAAAAUUAAAUGCCCCAACCCCACUACAUUUGAAAAUGGAGACUUCAGCCCUAAAGGACCUUUUUAUGUAGACUCCAAUAUUACCUUCAUGUGUAACGACGGUUACAUUCCCAGGGGAUCCAUGGUGAGAACAUGUAUGGAAAAUGGAAAAUGGAGUGGAGAUACAGCAAUCUGUGACGAUGGAGUGGGCCACUGUCCUGAUCCAGGUUUACCACCGGGAGCAAUGAAAACAGGUGUUCGAUAUGACGUGGGCUCAAGUGUCUCAUACAGAUGUGACAGCAACCUCAUUCUGAUAGGAUCAUCAAAAAGAACGUGUCUAGAGAGCAGGCGAUGGAGUGGAACCGAGGUCACCUGUCAAUAUCCUUAUACAUUUGACCUCCCGGAGGAAGCUGGAGAGUACUUUGCAGGGUCACUCUCUGGAAUCUUGAAGACCUCUGAAAAGAAAUUAAGUGUGGGGAGAACAGUGAAGAUAAGGAAGGAUGGGAUUCUCAAUGUGUAUAUUCUUUUGGAUGCCUCUAAAAGUGUUGGAGAAAACACCUUUAAUAUUUUCAAGACAUGUGCGGAGAUUCUUGUCAGCAAGCUCGGGGACUUUGACAUGAAGAUUGAGUUUGCGGUGAUAUCUUUUGCCACGCAACCUAAAAUCAUCGUCAGCAUUUCUAAUGGUGAUGACUCUGAAGAUGUGUUGGAGCGCAUUGAAGAGGGGCUCAAAUACAGCGAUCACAAGGACAAGUCCGGGACUAAUACCUACGCCGCUCUGGAAGAAGUGCAGAAGAUGAUGUCGCUUCAGGAGGAGCUCUAUAAGAACGCAACCGUGUGGAAUUCUAUUCACCACGUCAUUGUACUGUUGACCGACGGAAAAGCCAAUAUGGGCGGCCGACCAGUGCUGAUGAUAAAGAAGAUCAGGAAUUACCUGAACAUCGAAGACAAAAGAGAAGAUUACCUAGAUGUUUAUGCAUUUGGUGUUAGUGCUGACGCAGAUAAGACUGAGCUAACUGAAUUGGCCUCUCAGAAGGAGGACGAAAAACAUGUUUUUGUCUUGGAAACUGCAGAAGACAUGAUAACUACUUUCCAGAAAAUUAUAAAUAUUAAAGAUUAUGGAGAAAUGUGUGGCCUGAAUGAAGAGACUUCAGAGUCUAAGAAAAGCUUUCAUCAUCCUUGGAACGUGAAGAUUAAGGCUCACUCCACAAGCCCGUGCUUCGGGUCUCUCAUCUCCAGCAGCUGGGUCCUUACCGCAGCUCAUUGCUUUUCAAACUUCGAUACGCCGGAUAAAUACACGUUCUAUAUCGGUGAAGAGCAAUACAAAGCAGAACAAAUUUUCAUCCAUGACUGCUUCAACAUGAGCCGUAAAGUGGGUAGAGGGAUACCUCAGGAUUUCGACUACGAUGUGGCUCUUGUAAAACUAACUACGAAAGUGAAAUUCUCCAAGAGUGCCAGGCCCAUCUGCCUCCCCUGUACGGAGCCUGCCAACAGAGCCAUGAAAAAGAAGAAAACUGCAAGCUGCAAUGAACACCGUUCCCUGUUACUGGGUGGCAGCGAUGUGCCAGCUGCGUUUCUGUCAAAAGAGGCGCCAAAAAAAGAUGAUCUGAAAGAGCUGUCCGUCAAUAUAAAGAUAAACAACCUGAGAGAAGCCUGUAUAGCGGCCAUUCGGGACUUCGACAAGUUUAAAAACAUCGCUCUCCAUGAUAUGGUGUCCCCACGCCACUUCUGUGCACAGGGAGACAUGUCUUGUAAGGGAGAGUCAGGAGGAUCUCUCUUUAUGGACAUCCCGAACAGGAAAAGAUACUUCCAGGUCGGGGUCCUCAGUUUUGGUACAUAUAACCCUUGCUCUUCUGCUCAAAGGAAAACCUCUUAUCCAAGUUACGCUCGGGAUUUUUACACUGAUGUCCUGGAGGUCCUGCCCUGGCUUCAAAAACAUCUCAAAGAAGAACUACAGUUUCAACCAGGAGUAAAGGAGUACAAAAAAGUUGUCUGUCCUACAUGACGGGGUAUCCAGCCCGGACCUCUGGUCACACAGUGCCCGCUUUACAGGACAUUAGUGACCCCUCCCGAUCAUAAGUAAUGUGCUCUCCCGAAUGUAAUAUUAUUUGCAGAUGUGAAUCACCAUAUAGCCUUAUUAUUUCAGAGUGAUGUUCUUCCAGCUUUCUGAAUAGAAUGCUAAAGUUACAGUGAAGACUGACACAGUAUUUUCCAAGAACAACCAUUAUACAAGUCUGAACUGGG